AUGAUAGCUUCGCCGAGUCCAACGGUGACGGAGCCGAGGCUUAUCUCUUCAAUGGGUUAUUUCUCGACGAUUGCUGCUUCGAAUUUGUCUUCAGUCUCUGUGGUUUCUUCACCUGGGACAAAAAGGAGAGCUCAAAGUUUAGUGUUUAGAUCUUCUGCGUCACCAAGUAUCGAAACAACGCCGGACUCAGAUGUUGGCAGCGUCGUGUCUUCUACAAAAUCUAAAAAGGUGCUUGUUCCGAUUGGAUACGGUACGGAGGAGAUAGAAGCUGUUGUGUUAGUUGAUGUUCUACGGCGAGCUGGUGCAGAGGUCACCGUUGCCUCGGUGGAGCAGAAGCUAGAGGUUGAAGCAUCCUCAGGGACCAGAUUGCUUGCUGAUGUUCUAAUCUCAAAAUGUGCUGAACAAGUUUUUGAUCUAGUGGCUUUGCCGGGAGGCAUGCCUGGUGCUGUAAGGUUAAGAGACAGUGAAAUUCUGGAGAAGAUCAUGAAGAGACAAGCUGAAGAUAAGCGGUUAUACGGAGCUAUAUCCAUGGCUCCAGCUAUGACUCUUCUUCCAUGGGGACUUUUGACAAGAAAGAAGACAACUGGACAUCCUGCUUUUUUCGGGAAGCUUCCUACAUUUUGGGCUGUUAAGACAAACAUUCAGAUCUCAGGGGAGCUUACAACUAGCCGUGGACCUGGCACUUCUUUUCAGUUUGCUCUUUCCUUGGCGAAGCAGCUCGUUGGAGAAACCACAGCCAAGUCUGUUGAAGAGUUUUUGCUUCUACGCGAUGAUCACCAGAAUCCUAAGAGGGAAGAGUUCAAUAGCAUGGACUGGUCUCUAAACCACACACCUCGUGUUCUAAUCCCGGUAGCCAACGGGUCUGAAGAGGUUGAAGUGGUCAUAGUUGCAGAUGUUCUUAGACGAGCCAAAGUAGAUGUCACGGUUGCAUCAGUUGAAAGAUCUUUGCGCAUUACAGCAUCCCAAGGCACCAAAAUUAUCACCGACAAAUUGAUUGGUGAAUCUGCUGAAUCUUCAUAUGAUCUAAUCAUUCUUCCGGGAGGACAUACUGGCUCAGAGCGUCUGCAGAAGUCAAAAAUUCUCAAGAAACUACUCAAGGAACAACAUGAAACUGGUCGAAUAUAUGGAGCUACUAACUCUUCAGCUACCGUCCUGCACAAGCACGGUUUACUCAAGGAUAAGAGAACAGCUGUGUACGCUUUAGACACAGAAGGGCCUAUGAAUCAACAAAUGGUCGAUGGGGCAGAAGUUGUUGUAGAUGGAAAUUUGAUUACAAGUUUGGGGCUCGCAACUGUUACCAAUUUCUCUCUGGCCAUUGUUAGCAAGCUGUUUGGGCACGGUAGAGCAAGGAGCGUUUCAGAAGGGCUUGUGCAUGAGUAUCCAAGGCAUUUGACGCCGUCUUGA